CUCCUGAGCCAGCGCCCCUCCGGGCUUCCUACUGUUCCCUGCAGGGGACAGCUGUGACCAUGGCCGAGAGAGCACUGGCGCCCACCCAGAUGGGGCGGGGGGACCGUUACUACACGUACACCGAGCUCCUGGCCAUCUCUCGGCGCUUCAAGCAGAACCCCAAUGAGCUCAUGAUCACCUGGAUCCUGCGCGUCUAUGACCAGGGGGGGCCGGCCCUGUCCCUGAAUUCUGGAGAGCUAGCCCUGCUGGGUGACCUGACCAGCGAUGCCAUCUUCAACUACCGCUGCAAGACCCUGCGGGGCGGCUGCAAGGCCCUGCUCACCUGGCUGCUGCUGGCCUGGCGCCGGCGCUGGGAGUCUUUCCUGCACUUCGAGGCCACCGAGCUGCCCUUCCGCCCCUGGACCACCAUGGAGGAGGGUAUCCAGCUGGUGCGUGAGCUGGGCAUGCUGGACUGGAUCUACCGCGAGCCGCCCUCCCCUCCUGCAGGAGAGCAGGGGCCAAGGCCCGCGCCCGAGGACGUGCCCUUCACGCAGGGCCUCCAGCGGCGCCUGCUGACGGCUGCACCCUCUGAGCUGCGGCUCUCGCUCGUCAGCCUGCUGGUCAAGGGUAUGACGGUGCUGGAGGCGGUGAUGGAGAUCCAGACCAUCGCUGAUGUGGGCCUGCUCUGGCGCCAGAGCCAGCCGGGCCGCGCCAAGCUCAUGUUGGGGCCCAACCCGACACGCAAAGACCUCAUGGGCUGGCUGCUGAGCCAUGGUGUGCCCAAGGAGCGGGUGGAUAAGCAGCCCACCAAGGUCCUCCUUGAGCUGUACAUCAAAGAGGCCAAGCGCAGCCGCAGCCACCCCACCUACAUGCUGGGGGAAGAGCAGCCCCCACCUCCCCCCUACUCAGACCAGGCCUGUGGGGAGGAGCCGCCCGUGCGGCACGACUAGGCCUCUGGGGCUUGUCCU